AAACCGUCCUUAAUAACGACCAGUUUGGAUCAUCCACGUUGUUGUUAACUAAAACAAAGUUAAAUAGUGAUCUCACAAACAUUUCUAGCUGUAUUAGUAAAACGUCGUAGAUCUACUCUUGUAGUUUAAAAGCAGCGCUGUGUCUUUAAAACCACCGAGCGGGGUCUGAAUCUGGCAGGAAGUUAGCCGCGGCUAACAGGAAGCUGUGUAAUGAGGACACAUUGAGGUGCAGGACUUGGCAAAGAGCUGCGAGUCCAAACACUGCUGUUUACUCUCGUUACUUUCCCCUCCAGGACAGGAGGAGUACGCCGUCAGGCACCUGUGUAUGAAGACAAGUCAGAGUCAGCUAUGUCUUCAGCCGUGGAUCUCAAGACCAAGGAGGAGAAAGAUGCAGAGCUGGACAGACGAAUUGAAGCUCUGCGGAAGAAGAAUGAAGCUCUGGUCAAGAGGUACCAGGAAAUAGAGGAAGACAAGAAGAAGGCAGAGCAGGAGGGCAUUGCCGUGACAACGCCCAGGAAGCCCCGCCCCCAUGAGCCGGAGACGGACAGAAGGAAGACGGAGAAAGAAAACCUGACCGUCACAGUCGACCUUUCUAAACAGACCGGGGAGAAGAGAGUUGUGAACGACUGGAAGCCCGGUGUGCCUCGUGGACGGAAGACAUCAGAGGAGGGUGACGGCCAUGGAGGACCAAGCGACAGCCACAGCCCCCCCAGGAGGAUGGGAUCAGGACGAUUGGGUCGGGGAGGUCAGAGAGGAGCCCGCCAGGAAAGGAGAGAAUGGGAGCCCAGGACACCCAGAGAUGGAGAACCUGGGGAGUCAGGAGGACAGGGACGAAGAGGAGGAAGGAGAGGAAGAGGAGGAGAAGGAAGAGGAAGAGGAGGAGGAGGAGAAGGGGGAGGAGGGGAAGGGGGAGGGGGGACACCAGGUGGCAUAGACAGGAAGUCCAAGGAAUGGGAGGAGAAGAGGCGGCAGAACAUUGAGAAGAUGAAUGAAGAGAUGGAGAGAAUAGCCGAGUAUGAGAGAGGACAGCGGCCGGAUGGAGACAAACCGAUCCGUAACUUCUUGGAUGACCCGAGACGUUCAGGACCAGCACCAGACAUCGACCGCAAAGAGGGCAGCAGGAGACAUGUAAGAAACUGGGGAGGGCUGGACUUUGACAAUGUGAAGACGGGAGCAGAACUGGAAAAAGAAUGGACUAGUCGAAGGCCUGGUCCAAAAGGCUCUGUAGAUAUGACCAUGUCUAUGACCGGUCGGGAGAGAGCAGAGUACCUGCGCUGGAAGAAGGAGCGUGAGCAGAUUGACGAGGAGAGACUAGCACGCCAUCGCAAUGCCACAGGCCAGUGGAGACGAGAAUGGGACGCGCAGAAGACAGACAACAUGUUCAAGGAGGAUCCAUAUGUAGCAGCAGAGGGCAUCACACCCGAGCAGGGCAGCAGGAGAGAUGACAGCAAGCGUCCUCCUAAAGCUCCGACAUUUGGCGACUUCCUGUCCCAGGGCAGGACCCAGGGGCCCAGAGGAGACCGGGGCAGAGGGAGGGGCCGAGGACAGAAACCGAGCUACAGCAUGCAUGACAACCGCUGGGAAGGAGAGAAAGAAGAGGACAAAGAAAAGGAGGACAAGACGAAGAGAGAGGAGAAGCCUAAAAAGAAAGAGAAGGAGGAAGAAAAGGCCAAACCUCCUACAUCACAGAAGGUGGAGGAGAAUAAUGAAGGAGAGGAUGAUGAGGAGGAAUGGGAGGAUGCCAGUGAUGAGGAUGAUGAGGAUAUGGAGGAAGGGAGCGACUCAGAACAAGACUCCAGGGGCGAUGAAAAGAAAGAUAAAGGGAAAGAGAAACCUGCCAAAAACAAAAGCAGCUCUACAUCUCCUGCAGCUCGUUCUCGACCAACAUCGGCAGGAAGCCCCAAAGAGCAGCGGACUCCCAGGCCAAAGGUCCACAUUCCUCCACCGGCAGCAGUUCAGGAGUCACCGGAAGGAGGCAAGCCCCUCAGCCCCUUCUCCCCACUGUACAGCCACCAGCCUGUAUCAGACUGGGGAGAGGAGAUGGAGAUGCAGUCACCCCGAAGCAGCAUGGGAGGCGAGAGCCCACUGAAACCUCCCAGCGUGGAGUCCAGCCCACCCCAGAAACAGGAGCAAGAGGUGGAGGCAGAGAGCCAAGCUGCCAGCUCCAGUGAACCAGCUGAGCCACAGAGAGUAGAGGAUACAGUCACAGACAUUUCCUCUGCUCCUGAAGCCCAACAGACUGUGAUAGUGUCAGAACCAGAACCUGAACCUGAACCUGAACCGCCAUCUGACCCCGCCCCUCCUGAGGUGUCUGACCCCGCCCCUCCUGAGGGGUCUGACUCCGCCCCCUCUGAGGUGUCUGACUCCGCCCCCUCUGAGGUCACUGAUGCCGCUGACCAGAGUACACCUGCGCCGACACAAGACAAACAGGACUCCUCCUCCCCUGCAGCCAUCCUGGAGGCUGACCAGAGCUCCUCUGAACCAGCAGGAGGGGAAGACGAUGACACGGCGCCCGCUGGGACCGACGAUGCUCCGACAGCAGAGACAGCCGAGUCCUCAGAGCAGACGUCCUCAGGAUGAAGCUGCUGGGAACAAACAGACUCAUUUCUGAGGAGGAUGGAAAGAUGAUGGAAGGAGGACGAUCAUCACACUACUCAUCACUGCAGUGACCAUCACACACCCAAAUUAAAAAACACUUAAACCAUCAUGAGGAGCAGAGACUGUGCGUCGCUGCCUUGGACCGGCCUCUUUUCAGCUCUAUCUCUGAGUCUUGUGGAUCGCCUCUGGGCCACUGCCGUGUUUUGUCUCACUCUGUUAAGUAGUAAGGUAUGAAAAUUUAAGUCAGUCACUGGUUUUGAAUUUGGAAAAGCUUCAAAGUGGGUUUUCAAGGUUUUCUACAUCUGGAAAAUGAACUGAGCCUGAUCGCAGUAGAAAUGUGUGUCGAGUAUAAAUCAUUUCACAGAAGAUCAUUUAAACCACGUGCUGAGGAAACAUUCACACUGAACCUCACGGAAGUCAGUGACAAGUUUAUUUUCCCCCCGAGACUUUAUUAGUUGACCCCAUCGAGCCUGGCAGCAGAAUCAGCUGACUCCUCAGUAUUUUAGGCGAUAACAAUAACACGGUGCACAGCACUGACUGCUUAUGGGCUGAUCCACUGUCCUGCAUCUUUUGCCCAUUGAUGGUGCCCUUAAGCCAAACAGAUGCCUGCUCAGCUCUCCCCGUCUCCAUUUAGAGAAGCACGCUGUGUGGUCUGGCUUUACAUGGAAAGAAAUCACAACACCAAGCCCUAACUGGCCUGAGAUCAGUUCAUAAAAUAAUGUCCGCCUAUGUGUCUGCUCAGCUGUCUCAGGGACAGAACGGACGUGUCUCAUCUGUGGGUUUAGGCUGUAACAUAAUGACUUCUCUGAAGAACGAUCAGACUCGUUUGGCAGCUCGUUGUUGACCUAACCAACACGCUCACAUGCCAACUAGCACCCAGGGUUAAUAGCUGCUGCUCGGUCUGUUAAGAGUUCUUGAUUUCUUGGACUUCUCUAAGGUCUGAAGUUUUCUUUUUAAAUCGAUGCAGCAGAACAUCUUCCUCGUCAAAAUAUUGCUCUUACAUUACCCAUAAUGCAAUUUGACUGCCAACAGUUUGGUCUGAGAUUGGGGUGAGUGUCCUGAAGCAUCGAGCAGACGAGCAGCAGCACAGAGGUCUCCUCUGGAGCCAGAAAGAGCUGAACAGCCUGUUACACAGACAGACUCUGAUGUGUUUCCCUCUGACAUGAACUGUUUGGCCUGUUGUACAGUUAGCUGGUUUACAAGCUCCAGUGUUGUUAACGGAGACGAGGACGAGACUGUUGAGCCACUUUUGGAAAUAAAUGUAAAUCACCUGCAGAGCGAUACUGGAUUCAUCUACAAACUAUUUCACUCUGGACUUUUAUUGAAUGCAGUCUUUUCUAAACUGGACUUUCUUGCAACUUUAAAGCCUCUUGUGAGCGAUUGUGGCGCCAUCUUCAUGACUUUACCAUCACAGUGGCCUCGGCUCUGUCUCCAUCAUGUAGAGAUGGGACUCCACCCCCCGGCCUGUCCUGCUCUUUUGUUUUAUUGUGUGGCUUUUAAUGUGUGGUUUUCUAGAUUUACGUUAAAAUCUGUUUCUUUUCAUAUCAGACCCACAGGAGCAAUUUUAUUUUCUGUCACGAGAGAGGAAACUAAAAUGAUAAGAAUGUUUACACGAGCUUCAGUGCAGGUAGAUCGAUGUUUUAAAAGUGCGAUCAGUCAUACCGGACAAAGGCAGCUGAUUGUUGAGUCUCGUUUCCCGGACGUCAAACACUGGCGCUGUUCUGCUGGGAAACCGUCAGUUCUCUUUGUCCAGAAUGACUGACGCCUCCUGAAGUGUCGUUUAUUCUGUUUUUCAUCAGAGUGCGUGCUACAAUAACUGACUUCAGUGAUCAUGUGUGUCAGAUGUAAAUCAGACAAACACACGCUCUCACCUGAAUGAACUUCCAGGAUCAGGUGUUUUGUUUAAGAACAUCUGAAAUCCAUCAAAUACCAAUGAUGUACUUAGAUCAGCCUGUUUGCUGUUUAAUCAUGUUUAAUUCUGCCUUUUAUAAUCAGAAAGGGUUUAAUUUUUUUUUUCAGUGACAGACUGUGCUGCCAUUUUGUGAUUGUGAGGAUGUGAAUCAUCAGUCAUACAGAGAGUCUGUCACAUCCGUCUGACACGAGUUCCCGUCUCCCCUCAGAUGACACACUGCCUCCUAAAUGAGAGUUUAUUUUUAAAAUCAAGGGUCUCAUUCCAAAAUGGCUUUAAGGUAUGAAAGAAAAACAAACAACUUAACAUGAAAUUAGUGUUUUUACAUUAAAUAUGUAUAUUUUUGUUAACAGGUGUGUUUUGAGGAAAUAAUUGCCUCAGAAUCUGGUGAUACAGAUUCACAUGAAAGUGUAGAAACAUGAAUUAUACUUGUGUAAUCACGUUAGGGCUGUAGCCUCUUUUGGAAUGAAACCCUUCACUCAUACCUCAGCAGACCAAGGGCUUUAGUUUGAUUCUUUUUUUGACUUUGUGCUUUGAUUUCUGUGAUCAGCUCUUUGAAUCAUGUCGGCUGUGGUGGCUCGCGGAUUAAUGCGACGCUUUAACGUUUUUGUGUGCCGUGACGGAGGAAUAAAAAUGAUGCAUUUGGGUUGAAAGGAACUGCAAUAUGUACAGUUUUUAAAUGGAACAUUCCACAGUCGGGUGUUUGUGUAAAAUGUAGCCUGUGGGCUAAGAAAAAUAUUGUUUUUAUUUUCUUCUUUUGCAAAUGGACGUUUGUUUUUCUGAGCUUGGAUGACUGACUGACUGUAUUUAAGGCAGUAGAUGUUUCCUCUAUUUCUACGUCUACCUGUUUGAUACGUGAAACUGAGAACUAACAAGGUUUGCCUUUUUUGGAGUGCUGUGUAGCUGUUUUCAUAAACUUAUCAGCAUGAAUCCGAAAUUGUAGCUUUUUAAUGUUGUCAAAGCCAUCGAUGAAAUAAAUGUCCCCGUCAGAGAGAAGCCCUGAUGUCUGUACAGCUGCACCCACAUGAAAUGUAAAGCACACGCCAGUUUUUGGUGUUCUCAUUUAGCCAAUAAAUAUAUUCCUCUGAUGCGUUA